AUGUGGCUCGUUAUAUAUAUAUUUAUUAUUAUUAUUAAAACUUUUAUAUAUCUAUUUCUAUCACUUGUGUUUCUAAUAAUUUGCUGUCGGCUAUACUUCCAACCAGUAAAAGAAGUGUGCAGAUGCAAAACUAAACUUGAUGGAAAAGUGGCUUUAGUGACGGGAGGGAACUCUGGUAUCGGACUAGAAAUAGCCAGGGACCUGGCAAGACGAGGUGCAAGAGUGAUCAUAGCAAGCAGAGACGUCGCCAAGUCUGCAGAAGCUGUCAGGGAUAUCAUCCACACGACAGGAAACAAUGACGUUGAGCACAGACAACUAGAUCUAAUUAAAUUUACUAACAUUAGAAAGUUUACUGAAGAGUUUAACAAGACGGAACAGCGACUGGAUAUUCUAGUCAACAACGCUGGCAUUGCUGGUGUCAAAAAUAAAAUUACUGAAGAUGGAUUCGACAUUAUUGCCCAAAUAAAUUUUAUCGGACCGGUUUUAUUGACAAGAUUGUUACAAGAAAAACUGGAAAAGUCAAUGCCAAGUAGAAUAGUUGUUGUAAAUUCAAUACUGCAUAGAUUGGGAAAGAUAGAUUUGAACGACAUACCGAUGAAGAAUGUGGCCAGUCAUUAUGCAAGAUAUUCAAGAAGUAAGUUAUACUCUCUUCUCUGGACGAGAGCUUUAUCAAGACGAAUGGUUGGUGUGACUGUAAACUCCGCUCAUCCUGGUUUUGUUAAAACAAACAUAUUUCAAAGAUCAAAAUAUCUAACGAAAUUUUUAUCGCUCAGGGCAACGAAAUGGUUCUACAAAACAGCGGAGGAAGGAGCCCAAACGUGCAUUCAUUUAUGUGUAGAUCCACAAUUAGAUAGUGAAACUGGGGGCUAUUAUUCAGAAUGUAAAAUUCAAGAAUUGCCGAAGGAAGCAAACAAUGAGAAUUUGGUUGAACAAUUGUGGGACGAAACUUUUAAAUUGAUAAAUGGUUUUUAA